CUUUUCAAACGGUAUUCCCAAUUUCCUGACCAUUAUCAAGAUGCAGAAUUUACAGUGGGAUGCCCACAGGGCAAACAUUGAACGCAUCUAUCUCACAGAAGGAGAGCCCCUGAAAAAUCUUCGCCAGAUCAUGGAAGCAACCUAUGGAUUUCGCAAAACGAAAUACCAGUAUGAAGCAAAAUUUAAGCAAUGGGGCAUUAAGAAGUACCGAAUGGGGGCCGCCAAGUGGAAGUACGUCAAGCGAGAGAUGGAGAAGAGAGGUGCUGAGCAGGCAACCGCCGAUGUUUACAUCGAUGGGACUCUUUGUCCCUACAAGACCGUACAGAUGGAAAUACGUCGACAGGCCUUUGAAACGCAGAUUGGAAAAAAUUGCCGAUCCCCAUCUCCCGAGGCCCCGGAAGGGGUAAUCGUUUGUUCCCCGGGACCAUCAUUGAUAUAUUUUCUAUGGCCGCCAAACCUCCCAUGGUUCAACUUCUCGAAUACUGCUCUAAUGGGAUUAGAGCAUAUCACAGGUAACGGGUCUCUCUUUCCCGCUUCCCAGGAGAGAGAGAAGUUUCUACAGCUCGUCAAAAGAUACCUUGUGGGGACUUUGGGCUUGAUCUUCAGGGGACCCAAGACCGAGCUUUUGCGUACUAUUCGGAGUGGUUCUCAAGUUGCAACCGCUUUGAGCUCUGUCAUACCAGAACAGCACGAAGGCCAGAAUAUGUAUAUAGCCGAAUGUCUCUGCGGCUUGAGAGGUGACAGCAUCGUUGUGGAAAGCUUAAGAGUGGCCCUGUUCUUGGUUUCUAAUGGCUUCCCGAUUGGAAAACUCGAUGAAGUCUCAAAUCGUUGGUCCGAUGAUUCGUCAGAUGACUGGCCAGAAAUCCGUCAUCUGAAUAGAAGCUCUCAAAGACACGAGACGGGGCAUUCUAAGGAGGAUCAAAUCAGCAAAGAAGAUGAACUUAUUAUGGCCGUAUUCCCUAUGUCGGGGUUCAACAACCCUCAAAUCCUCGGGCAAUUGCUCUCUGUCCCUGGGGCGACAGUGCAAACUAUUGCCCAAAAACUUUUUGCAAGCGCUGUAAGGACCUACGACUUGAAAGCUCUCCGAAUGAUUUUGAAUGCAGGAAUGAGUCCGGACACUCCCGUUCUUUAUGGUCACUUUCCCUGUCCGCCGUUGAUAAUUGCCACCUUGGCCCAAGAUUCAUCAUUGGCUCUGGACAUGGUUCGUCUGUUGCUUUCCCAUAAUGCCGGGACUAAGAAUCCUGAUGUCCUGAUGGGAGCGCUUUUCCACGCAAUCCGUUUGAACAAUCUAGAGCUCGUGAGAAUAUUGCUCUCUAGAGGAGCACCUAUCGGAGGAGAGGAGCUGGUGGCCGCUAUUGAGGUGGAAAGUCCCAGUCUAGUACAGACGCUCUUGGAUGCUGACCCCAAUGUCAAUAAACGGACGGACCACUGCACCAUUCUUGGAGUAGCCGUGAAAAGAAAUGACAUACUUCUCACGGAAAGGCUACUUGCCUUGGGUGCGGUGGUCGAUGCACUGCAAUCCAUUACAUCUCAAGAAAUAGACGGCGAUUGCUAUUUCGAUACUACAGCACUUGGAGUGGCGGCUAAAAAUAAAAAUAGUGAGAUGAUCAAUCUCCUACAAGCUCGUGCAAACGUCAACCAUGAGGCCGCUACAGAUCGCUACAUACCCCCACUCGUGCUGGCUGUUGUAAGUGGCUGUAAAACCACUACCAAGCGUCUACUUGAAGCAGGUGCAGAUAUUAGUGUCGCAGAUGCAACUCGAGGGAAAACACUGAUUGAACGGGCUCUGGACAGACAUGACCUGGAAAUGUGCAGGAUGCUUAUGGCCAGCGGGGGUAGCGUUGAUGGAAAGUUGAUGGAGGAUUAUUAUACCUCACAGUUGUACCAAAUAGUAAAGCAAAGGGAUAUCGACACGGUGACUCUCCUCUUGAGCUGGGGGGCAAGAAUAGACGAGAAUUAUGACGAGGUACCUGAUACAGUUCUCGGAGCAGCCAUUAGUCGCGGGGAUUGUACAAUGAUCCACACUCUUCUACAAGCGGGAGUGACAAAUCCAGGGCGAAUUCUGAUUGAAAUUGGCAGCUUGGAGACUGCAAAAUUUCUGGACCUACUUGGAAUGCUGUUUGAUAUUCUCUUCCGCUGUGGGCAACCUAUUCUUGUAUCAGCUAUCCGCGAGGAAAGCUGCGGGAGAGGUGACGGGCUCGUCCAAUAUCUAUUAAAUCUGGAUGUGGACCGCCAGCGGGGAACUGUUGGGUGCCAGCCAUUUGAGACGAAGACAAAGUCCUAUACUCAGUUGGCCAUGGUUACUAGAUCCCCAUUAGCCGAAGCGAUCUUCUGGCGGAAUGCAACACUCGCAAAGAUUCUGGUUGAACGUGGUGCUCCUGUUACCGAUUUUGAGCUUUGUGAAGCGGUCGAACGGUAUCGUUGCUACCGCAAAUAUGAUUUUCUCUUCUUGCUAUUGCCCGUGCUCUCGCAGUAUCCAUGUGCAGUCCCCAACGCAUUUGAGAAGGCCAUGUAGUAUAAACAUAUUGUCUUUCUCGUGCAGCGCUUCUUAGACAUUGGACUUGAUCCACGGGGCAAGGUCGUUUCCAACGGAUCUUCCCAGUACAUACAACUCUAUCAACUGUAUGGCACCAUCAAAUACGAGC